UAAAGAAACGGGGGCAAGUUACACGUAGCUUUAUAGCGCCUCUCAUAGAGUCUGAGCGGAGCUUCGCAGUGCAGCAGUUUAACAUUCUAUUGUAGAAGAAAGUGAAUUCCUUAUUGUAAUAGCACGAGGACCACCUACUGAUUAUGAUAUCAAGCAUUAAUUUACUUGUCUGCGUAAUGCUGUACGCGGGCAUGGCCACGACUGCAAACACUAAAAGCAACGUCUUGAGAAAGCCACCGAGUCCCCCAGGGCCUGCGAAAAAGGAUAUCGGCAUAAUAGAUUGGAUAAUAGGUAGAGUUCCGGAGGACAAGGAAGAUGCCGUUACGGCGGACAAAUAUGGGGUCGCGCGUAAGAUUGAGGCUUUCUGCAAGAAAAAAGAAAUGUACUUCCCCCACAAGGAACGAGCGUCGACUGACCAGCGUGAUGUAACGCUCCUGUUACAUCCCUAUCAUCAGGAGGUGCUGAAAUUAGCUGCGAAGCAACGGCGGGCAAUAUGUAGGAUUCGAAGCUCUCUGAAACACAUGAGACAGGUGAUCUCUCAGAGUGGCAGCCGAUAUCGAGUCUUCUUGAGUACCAUCCUGACUUUCAUAGAGGCCAAGAUAAGGCUCCCUAACAUGGGAAGAUGUGGCUCCUCAGCAUACGAGAUGGCAGAAGAUCUGGCUGCCCGCAUCAACACCGAACGGAGUCAGAUCAAGGCCAGAUGGGACCCAUUGUCAUGGCUUCCCACUGUGCCCAGCAUUACCCUGCCCAGUAUUCCCGUGCCCAGUAUUCCUGAAGUAAUUUCGCAGAUAGGAAACAAGAUCGUGAACAAAACUAAUGAGGUAGGACAGGAGAUAGAGACUACUGCAAAAGAGACUGGUCAAAAGAUCGAACAGGGUGGUGAAACUCUCCUGAAGAAUUUUGCAAAGGGGAUGCAAGCUGUUGCAGAAGAAAUGGAAAAGAACUUCGCCAGCGUGUACGAGAAAGCCUCACAGGCAGUUAAGGACGAGUUCAAUUCGUUGAAGCAAAAUAUCGUGGCUCAUCUUCCAAACUUGAACAUGAUUUCCGACGCACUGCUCUUGAACCUAACUCUGGAGUUUUACACCCGGGAAGGACAACUAUUAACCCUAUUACACGAUUUUGGGUCGUGUUGCCUCGGAGCUAUCACCUUGAAGAGAGUUAAGGAGGUCAGCUACUACAUAGAGCUGGCCGUAAUGGCUGCCAGGUUCAUACAAGGUUACUACGUUGGAUAUACUUCACAGAACUACUCCCUCUGCACCGCUGUUGAUCACAUAUGCGAUUACACCGAGAGCACAAUGCGAAGUGGAAUGCAAGUUGCUAUGGAGAAAGCUGUGGAUGGCGUACACCUGGCCCAAGCACUUCUCGCGGGAAAAACCACAGGCACUCCUGCGCAAAAUCUGGUGUGCCUGGCCCUUAUCGCGUUUGAUAUUGGCAUGGCCUUGUAUUCUACACCUGUGGAUGCGGGACAAGGUGUACUAGAAGAUAUUAGCCAGGUUGCUGGAGAGAUCGCAGGAGCGUACCUUGCUUGGUUCAUAAGUGCUGAAUCAGUUGGUAGUGGGUUGCGUCAACUUGUGUGUUUAUAAGUAUCCAAGUAAUGCCCAUGUAAUAUUGCGCACUCAGAGCUAAUAAACCAUGAAUAGAAACGUG